ACGAGGUCACGAUUCUGGCGCUCCGGAGCGCAUCGGUAUCCAAUGGAUAAGCAGCUGCAAGACGACACACCCCUUUAUGCAUCGGGAUGGCACGCCCCCAGCAUGGAAACAGCUUCUAGUCGACUCGGCACAUUGACCUGUCACAAUGCAGGGGACAACUAGGGACAUAUCACUGGGAUGGACUAUGUUCAUUUGGCUAAAGAAAGAAAGAAAAGUUAUUAUCGUUUCAUAACUGUUUAAUUUCCAAAGACCGGAAAAGGGUUUCAUACUCGACGUUGUUUACGUUUAGAUUUUUUUGUUGUUGAUCUAGGAUGGCAAUUCCAUGGAGAAGCCGGUAACAUGUAUUAUGUGAGUUGUUUCCUAUUGAUAGUAUACUGAGACCAAAGCUACCUCCAUAAUCACAUAAAGGGAUCAACCCGAAUGAAAUCAUUUUAAAACCAGAACAUAGUUGAUAUAUUUGAAUGUCACCAAUUACGCAUCGGUGUUCAGUUUGAAGGGAUAUGGAUCAUUUCGCCGCUGAGUGCCUUGUGUCUAUGUCCAGUCGGGCUAUCGUUCACCCUAAAGAGAACCGAGAGAUCAAAACAGAACCAGCCUGCUAUCCAAGGAACGAUGGAGAAGACCUGGUCAAAGACAACUCUUCUCUUUUCGUGGUGGCGAGGAUUCUAGCGGAUUUUAACCAGCAGCCAUCCACGACUACUAGCGAUAUUGCCGAGCGGGCAAAAAUACAAGAAGGGUGCGUAUCGCCAGCUCAAGUCACAGAGGAUGGGAAUAGUGCCACACCUAUCCUCGACAGCCCCGCCGCCGACCUCACACAAAGAGGCAGCAAACGUGUCAGAGGUCGAUCCGAAACGGAAUCGUCUCAGAAAAAGCACAAAUGUCAUUAUUCAGGUUGUGAAAAAGUUUACGGGAAGUCGUCCCACCUCAAAGCGCACCUAAGGACACACACAGGAGAGCGUCCCUUCCCCUGCACCUGGCCUGACUGCAACAAGAAGUUUGCCCGUUCGGAUGAGCUGGCCCGUCACUACCGCACCCACACCGGAGAGAAGAAGUUCAGCUGCCCACUCUGCGACAAGCGCUUCAUGCGUAGCGACCACCUGAUGAAGCACGCUCGCCGCCACUCCGAGUUCCAGCCCGCCAUGUUGAAGCGGCCGUACGGGUGUGGCGGAGGAAUGGGCGGAGGAAUGGGAGGAGUUGGCGGAGGAAUGGGCGUGGUCGGGAGUAGUACACGCCCCGGAUCGCUCAGCGACUACAACAGCCGCUCCGACUCGUCCAGCCCCACCCUCAGCCCCAGCCCCACCCUCAGCCCGGCUAACUCGCCUUAAAGCCCCGCCAACAGCACUUUCAGGCUCUGCCUCCGACGCCCUGAUUGACCCACCCACAAGACAAGACACACCCCACAGACAGGACAGGACUCUUUCAGUCUGUUUUAGGCCUUUUCCACCGCAGGGUUUGGGUUUUACACCGGUUCCCUGUGGAAUGUCUCAGCCCACACCAGCAUUGCAAUGGAAAUAGGCUAUUUAAAUCUUUUUUUUUUUUAAUCAUAAUGGUGGUCUUAGACUGGAUCCCCUUGAGCACCUGCUCCAGUCUCACUGGAGUCUUUUUACCAUGACACGUGGUGGUAGAAGGAAUCCUUUCAAAGAACUUGAUGCCCUGUCCUUUGUUCUAACGUCUCACCCUAACCUUGACUUCAAUGGGACUACGCCACAACCCCAGCAGCUACUCUGAUUCGUUAUUUUGGUCAGUAGGGUCCUCUGAUUGGCUCUGGUCCUAAUUGGGACCCCCCCCACCAUUCCACUUAUUGCACAGUUACUUACCUAGCGAGGCUCCUUUCCAAUGCUCUGUCUGCUUGCUGCAUUGUACUGUCUUCUACAUCAUGUACUAUACUGCCUAUUGGAGAGCAAUCCUUUCAACAGCAAAGACAAAAAUAAUGCCUUUCUGAUGGCAAUAUUUCCAUAGUAAACAAAUGUACUGCGUAGGCAUUGUCUCUUUGAGAAGCCUCAGGCCAUUGUUUAAUAUUGUUUCAUUUAGCUUGUGGUACUUAAAGUUAGCAGAAUCAGCCAAGAAAGAACACAGAACGGGAUAUUCAAUAUUGUAAAUACUACAGGAUGUUACAUUUAUUUGAAAUGGCUAGGGAGGUUUCAUCUUUAUCCUCAGGAUUAUAAACACAGUUUAUUUCUUUUAACUUGACUGCACAAAUACGAACAUCACUUUACUCUGAAAUUCAAUGCAGGUUGAAUCUUCUGCCCUGCUCAGGGAAGGCCUUUGAUAGCUUGAAAGAAUGGACACAAUGAAGACAAUGCAGAAACACACACACACACACACACACACACGCACGCACACACGCACGUACGUACGUACGCACGCACACACACACACACACGCACGCACGCACGCACACACACACACACACACACACACACACACACACACACACACACACACACACACACACACACACACACACACACACACACACACACACACACACACACACACACACACACACACACACAACAUAGCCUUACACUCAAACAGAAUUGCACUCCUCUCCUUGAAUAAAUUCUGUUUUGUUUUUCACACUGAAAGAAACCAUGGAAAUAGUCCUUCAAACUAGGUCUUAUCUUUGAAUGGUGAUGACACAAAAUAACUAGUGGAGACUAGAGAGAGAGAGAGACGAAACAUACUGUUCACCUCUUUCAUUUGAAUCCAAGCUCAUAUCUCUGACUUGAAUCUCUUACAUCAGUGAACUGUGGCAGUGAGCUGUGUUGGUCAACACGUAAGACAUCUUCAAAAGGGGAUGUGAAGAUGAGAGUAGAGACGUGUCUGCUGCGUUGCUUCAUAACCUCAUCCAGGGGAGAGAUGUUUAGUUCCCAUGUCAUCUCAGACACCUAGAACUCAACUCUUGUGUAAUUGCGUCAAGAUGCAGGAUUAUCCAUGAGAGAGAUCAGUUCCCGUGUAAACACACCAGUCCAUGGUAGGUUAGCUUCAAAGAAGCUGUCUGAGGACAAGUCGAUGUAAUGCUGUACGGUCAACACAGUUCUCAAACCCUCGUCCUCAACAACACUUUAGGCCGUGUUACUGCAGGGCUGGAACAAAACCCUGCACGUGGUUUAGGGUUUGGCCACCCACCCCUGAUCUUAUUAGUAUCAUCCUCAUGAUUCACCCAGCUACACACACACACACACACACACACACACACACACACACACACACACACACACACACACACACACACACACACAAACAUACACACACACAUACAGUGUGUGUGAGGUGUUAUUACAGCCUGGGAGACAUGAGGGCAGUUAAAUAGCUCCUACAAGGCCCUACAGCUCUAUCCUACAGCUAGCUAACUCUAUAACAGCCUGGGAGACAUGAGGGCAGUUAACUAGCUCCUACAAGGCCCUACAGCUCUAUCCUACAGCUAGCUAACUCUAUAACAGCCUGGGAGAAAUGAGGGCAGUUAACUAGCUCCUACAAGGCCCUACAGCUCUAUCCUACAGCUAGCUAACUCUAUCACAGCCUGGGAGAAAUGAGGGCAGUUAACCUGUAGCUUGUACAGGGACAACAGUUAGUUCCUGAGGGCAGAACAUCCACUUGUAGCUAUUUUUAAAAGGAGGUUAGCUCCUCUAGCUAUCUCUACAAAAUAUUCUAUCCACCUUAGACAGAGAUUAGAGGCCAGAUGGAGUCAUUAUAAGAAUCCCUAUAAGAACUAUGUGGUAUAAUAAAAAUACUAUCUAUCACUGGUAAUCUGUUAUAAGGAAAACCCAGUGAGAUCACUCUGAGAACCUCGCCGGGGUGUUACUGUAAACUGCCUUCAUCCCCUUCUACCAGCUUCUAAAGGUCACUGAGAACCUCGCCGGGGUGUUACUGUAAACUGCCUUCAUCCCCUUCUACCAGCUUCUAAAGGUCACUGAGAACCUCGCCGGGGUGUUACUGUAAACUGCCUUCAUCCCCUUCUACCAGCUUCUAAAGGUCACUGAGAACCUCGCCGGGCGGUUACUGUAAACUGCCUUCAUCCCCUUCUACCAGCUUCUAAAUGUCACUAAAGUUCACUAAAGUUCAAUUUAAUCCUGACACUGUACCCUUGAGUUGGCCCAGAGUGACUGAACAGAGAAUUGACUUAAUCACAGGACAGACAGACUGCACAGGACAGGAGUGAGGAAAAACUCCAGGUGAAUGGGAUCAGUAAAGAGAUGCAUGGCGGGAAACAAUAGUUAUUAAUUGGUCUUUAAUCUUGACUUUAUCUUGAGUUAUGUGACGUACAGAAACUUGACUUAGUCACACAGGACAAACAGUGCAGAGGAGAGAAAAUCUCCUGAUGAGUACAGUGUUAACCAUGUCGUUGGCUGCCCUUUAGAUUCACUGAGAAUUCUCCCCUCAACAGUUGUUGUUCUCAUCACCUUGACGAUCUGAUCUGUCUCUACAUGAAGUCACAGGUUUCAUACCUGGGCGGUGGCACCCUAUUCUCUAUACAGUGCACUACUUUUGACCAGGGCCUAUAGGUAGUGCACUUUAUAGGGAAUAGGGUACCAUUUAAGAUGCAUCUUUGCAAUGUGGCAAUGUUUUUAUUAGUACCCUGCCAUAUUUAUUAGUACCCUACCAUCCAACUGUUUCUAGCAUGCCUCAGAUUCCCAAACACACCCAAGGCUUCAUUUAUAGCUCUGGGAAGGCCCUUCGAUUUCAGUUUACAGUAGAUUAACUCAACAUGCUCUUUACAGCCUGUUUUAAAACAAUCUCAUCAUUGUAAGCAGCCUGUAGACCCACUCUCAUAAAGACCUGGUUAUCUGUACCGUUCCUCUGUGAUCGUACUAGUGAAGGUACAGGAUGGCUCCCAAAUGGCACCCUAUUCCCUAGUUGGGCCCUAGUCAAAAGUAGUGCACUAUAUAGAGAAUAGGGUGCCAUUUCUGAUAUAACCAAAUUGACUCCAGCUGAAAGGCAAAGCUCUGCAGUGUGCGUCUCCCUUUCUUUCUGCUUUCUUGGAACUACCAGCAGUGUUCCAAGCUCUGUUGGCAGCGUUUCUAGUCCAACCCAGUGAAAAGUUCAGGAAAAGUAGGAAAUAUAAGACAGAGCUAGCUUUCAGCACAGCGGUGCUCAUGUCAGUCUACACUCUGUAUUAAAGACACUGUAAAUUAUGACCAGUCUAAAAUAAUGCCUCCAGGUCUAAAAUAGUCUGAGGAUUUCUCUGCUUCCUCUGACUAAUCUACUGUGCCUUAGCUUUUCAAUGAGCUAAGCUGAGGCCCUUGGUUUUGGCUGGGCUGCCUUUGCACCGCCUCAGUGUUGGCUUUCAGUAAAAGGCUACACGAACAUGCUCGCGCUCGCACACACACACACACACACACACACACACACACACACACACACACACACACACACACACACACACACACACACACACACACGCACACACACACACGCACAACGCAUCACGCAAGGAGAAGAGAGAGUCCAGCUGAAGAGAGUUCUAGGAAUCCUUCACAGGGUGAAGGAAGCAGGUGUCAGGCCUGUGAAUGGCCAGCCUUGUCCCCCUGACUCCCCCCUCAGUAUCCCCCAUCCCCUCCUGCCUUCCCUCAGCCUCCCCAUGGGCCUCUCUCUUCCCAGUCACCUAAAAGAAACCAGAAUCAGCUUUUCUCUCCCUCUUCCAAAUAGAAACUCCCCUUGUAAAAACACACAGCAUCACCACUAUGCCAGCUAGCCCAGACAUACAGCACAGUGGAAUGACUCUAAGAUAUCUCUCCUCUAACGCUGUGUAAAGAGAGGCUUUAGUUCAGCCCACUGUGUCUUGAGUAAUCACGGAAUUCCACUGUAAACUCAAACUAAGGAGGAGUGAAGGGACAGCCCUGUCGUGUUCCACAAAUAACUCAUUUUUAAAAGCCAUUCAGAAUAGGUGACAGGUGGCCAUUUUGAAAUUUCUCUGUUGCUGUCAGAUACCUCCAUAAUCACAUGCUCAUCAGUUAACUGGACUCUGUUGAAUGUUCUAUAUGUUAUUUUUCUUUCUUUCGUGCAACAUAUACCAUGUACAUUUAAACAUUUACACAGUCUCUUGUUGGAUACAUUCAUACCAUCCUAUCCGUCAUGGUCAGUGCUUGUCUGACCAUGUAGGGAAUAUCUGAAAACAGAAAAUCCAGUGCGUUGUAACUGGUGUCCAUUCGUUCAUUCAGAACAUGCAAUAUACCUCACUAUCUCUAUAACACUUUGCACAUUCAGUCAGACAGUCAGACAAUCAGUCAGUCAGGUAGUCGGUCAGUCAGCCAAUUCAGUUAUGAUUGUAGUUAUUUCUUCUCUAGUCUAGUUCAGUGUCAGCAGCCAGUCAGGAAGCUGAUCCUCUAAUGCCCCCUCCCCUUUCACACUAUUCCAAUACCCACAAUUCCUUUUACUGACCACUUAAACAUAAGGUGGUCCAACCUGAACAAUGUCUAGGUAAUGGUCAUAUGUACCUCUACAAUUUGAAUUCGGGUUCAAAGAGUCAAAGUGAAGAGUGUAAGAUAACAGUUGUUUAAAAACGUCCCCGUUUGAAACUGAAACCUCACUGAGGGUGUCCAGGAUUGACUGAGAGAUGCCAGGUGUGUUUUUGACCAGCGCUCUAGACUUUGAUUAUUAUAGUGAGUAUAUUACUAGACAUUUAUUUGUUAGAUUUCAAUAUUAUUUUCUGGCUUUCUGUUAUUUCCAUGUUUUAUUUGAACUACUAUGGUGUUAUUUUGUGUUUUGUACAUUUUGUUAUUAUCACCUGUGUGUGUGUGUGUGUUCAUAUCAUGUUUUUUAAUUGAUUUGCUACAUUAUUUAAUUUUUCUCAUGCUUGAUUGAUGCUAAGCAUUACGAAUAGAACGUCAGGACAUUAUUCAUUUAUCUCGUAAUCUCAGAAAACUGUACAUCUUUGUCAAGUAACGCAAAGACAUAGCAGGGGAAUGAUUCAGGAAGUUGUAAUUUCAGAGCAAAUUAAACCCAACUGUUGUGAGUAUAUUUGUCAUCGCGUCCUCUUUCAGAGUGACGCUUAAACCAUAUAAACAACAACAGCUGUUUAAAUGUUCAUAUUAUUAUCUAUCAUUCCAUCUUAUUUUACUCUCAUCACGUCCUAUCCAAAACACAAUGCAUUAUUCCAGAACUACUCAUCAAAACAUCACAACUGGCGUGACUUUCAGGAUCUGCAUUCUGGAGGUAGAUAAGGUUAAGCUCAUGUCAUUACAAUAAAUGACGGUGACUACCAAGGAAUGGGGAAAAUAUAAAAUCCUUGAACAAAAUGACUUCAGGUUUUUAUCAUGUUGUUGUUACAAGUUAUGCUUUGUUUUUGACCCUGAACCCUGUUCUGGGUUAUAAAACGAUGCCAUUAGGCUACACAAGAGCUGUGACUAAUUAUCAUGGUUGAGAUUUGAUGGAAUUGUGGUUAAAUAAAACAGUGAUCAUUCCAUAACAAACCUAUAGCUAUAUUCAGCAGACAAUUGAUGGCGCAGCACGAACACAAUUUGUUUAACACUUUGUGUAUGAGGAAAUUUAAACGAGAGGCGGAACUCAAAUAUGAACUCGAGUUUUUAAUCUUCUCUGAAAAUGAUUUACUUAGAUUGACUUUAAUCUCACUGCAAAAGGGACAGACGCAGUAGAAUGUAUUCUCUUCUGUUCAGAAUGUUGUAUCUAUAGUUUAAUGUUUAAUGGCAUCUAGGACAUGCCAAACAGCCAUCAACUGUAGCAGAACGGUGACAGGUGAACGCCUAUUCCAAAGGAUAAUGAUAUUUCAUUUUAUGCCAUGUAUGUACACUGCUUACUUCACCUCAAACCAAUGUAUCUGGCCUAACCUCAUUUAAUGGAUUGUAUUUAUUUUGAACUUUGUACUAUAUUCUUGACUGUGAUUCAUUUGACAAUUCAAGUAAUAGAUUCAUUAUCAAUUCA